AUGGAACAUUCAGAAGAAUUGGAAUCAGAAUUCCAAAUUCCAGAAUAUAUGUCAGGAUGGACAGAUAAACAAAAAGCAGAAUUUGCCUUUCAGUUGCUAAAAACUUUACCGUCGAAUGAAGUAGUCCGGGUUGUAGAUCAAAUUUCACCGCAUUUACGAUAUAAUAUUCUUUUACAAUUACCUCACGAGAUUGCUAUAUAUAUAUUGAGUUUUUUGGAUGUAUACUCAUUAAUACAAGCAUCUCAAGUUUCUAAAGGCUGGCAUUCAAUUUGCAUGGAACAAAGUUUAUGGAGGAAUUUGUUUGAAUUGGAAAACUGGACAUACAAUCAAGCAGAAAUGAAUGCAUAUCUUAAUUAUGCAGAUGAGGAAUAUGAUAACUAUCAAAAUAUCACUGUUGAUACUAAUACGAAUAAUAAUGUUAGUGAAAAAUCAACUGCCGCCCAAUCAAAUAUUUCGCCAGUACCCAUUUCGAGAACUUCAUCACCGUUAUUAGAAAUGAACACAUGGUCACGGCUUUAUAUGAAUAACAACAAAAAAACAAUAGAAAAUGAUAGAGGAGGUAAUAGCCAUAGCCAUGUUACUCGGGAUAAAAAACGAAAUACAGCAUUAGAGAAAAUGAAUAGUCAUCGAGCAUCUAAUACCAAUUACCAUUAUAACCCUGUUACUGAUACCCGUUUUAUCAACUGGCAAAAAUUAUACCAAAAUCGAUUUACAAUUGAAAGACGUUGGAAAGAAGGUAGCUGUGUGACGCGCAUGUUCCCACCUUUGAAUUGUCCUGUUUCAGAUAUACACACGGAUGGAAUUUAUUGUAUCCAAUUUGAUAAAAAUAUCAUGGUUACAGGCAGUCGAGAUAUGACAGUUAAAGUAUGGGACAUGAGAACAGGUCAAUGCAAGAUGACGAUGAGGGGACAUGAUGGCAGUGUGUUAUGUUUGCAGUAUGAUAAAAAUAUACUUGUGACUGGAAGUUCAGAUUCUAAUAUCUUUGUAACGGAUAUGAAGACGGGUGAAAUAAAGAAAAGAUUAAUAGGCCAUCGGGAAAGUGUACUUUGCGUGAAGAUGGUAACGAAUAAUAGAAUUCUUAGUUGCUCGAAGGAUGGGUCAUUGCGAUUAUGGAAUAGGCUUACUGGAGAAUGUAUUCGUGUUUAUACUGGACAUAAUGCUGCUGUAAAUGCACUGCAAUGGAAAGGGAAUCGUAUUGUGUCAGGAUCAGGAGAUCGAACGAUUAAGAUAUGGGAUUUAGAGACCGGAACAUGUCUACAAACAUUAACAGCUCAUACAAGAGGAGUGGCAUGUGUAGAAUUUGAUGGAAAUCGUAUCGUAAGUGGCUCAAGCGAUCAAACGAUUAAAGUAUGGAAUGCAGCAACAGGCGAAUGCAUUUAUACUUUAGUGGGACAUACAGAGCUUGUUCGUACUAUACAAUUAGAUCCUAUUGCUAAUAGAAUUAUCAGUGGUUGCUAUGAUGGUCGUUUAAAGAUCUGGAGUUUGGAUGAAGGCAGAUUAUUAAGAGAUUUAGGCCAAGCUACAGAAGGAAGAUUUGACUGUACCAUGAUCGCUUGUAGUUCUAAUGUCGUUAAAGUAGUAAUAUAUGACUUCGCUCAUGAUAUUGAUACAAAGUUCUUAGUGUAA